UAGUAAAAUGAAGAUCAACUGUGACGUCUGUAAUAAAGACGAAGCAUCGGUGUUUUGCUCCGCCGAUGACGCAGCCCUUUGCACCGCCUGCGAUCACCGUGUCCACGACGCCAAUAUGCUCGCCGGCAAACACCCUCGUUUCUCCAUCCUCCUCCCUUCCCCUAAAGAUUCCCCCCUCUGUGACAUCUGUCAGGAGAAGAAAGCUCUGUUAUUUUGUCAGCAAGACAGAGCAAUUCUCUGCAAAGAUUGUGAUGUUGCAAUUCAUAAAGUCAACGAGCACACUAAGAAUCACUGCAGGUUUCUUCUUACCGGCGUUAAGCUUUCGUCGGCGGCGUUAUUACCCACCGCCGGAAACGGCGUUGUUCCUGACCAGAACUGGGAAUCUCGAGAUCAAGAACUGGUUCCAAUCGUAAAUCAAACUUCUUCUAGAACCCAAAAGAUUACAACAGUCACAGCUCAGAAUAUGAGUCCGAAAUCAAACGGGUCGGAUCAUGGGUCUGCAACAUCAAGUAGCAUAUCGGAGUAUUUGAUUGAGAUGCUACCCGGUUGGCACGUUGAAGAUUUUCUUGAUUCCCCUUGUAAUUUCUCCAAGAUUGGUGAGGAUGAUCCGGCUGUAUUUUGGGAUGAUGAGCUUCUAAAAGGAAGCAUGAAUGAUUGCUUCUCGCCGGAAACAAUGGGGAUUUGGGUUCCACAAGCGCCACCACCGGCAGCUCCUCCACCGGCAGCACCACCAGAACCACGGUUUCACAAUUCUUCUCAGAUUCAACCUUAUUCAAACAUGGGAUUUGGAAAUCAAAUAAUCAGUGGGUCAUCACUUGUUUUUGCUCCAUCCAACAUCAAUAAUAAGAUCACGAAAUCAACCGGAAAACGAAGGUCCGAUGACGGAAAUUGCUUCACUGUUCCACAGAUCACCCCUCCUCCGACGAACAUCAAGCGAUCAAGAACACUUUGGUAGUAAAAACCCAUCAAGAUUCCUCACUGUUUUUGUUUUUCUUAAUUAGUUUUCGAGCAUCUUUCCGUUUCCAUCCAAAUUGGGUUUGAUUCUUCGAUAAUUUAGCUUCUUUUAUUUUUA